UCUGAAGACACACGGGCAGAGGCAAGCGGGCUGGUACAGCGCGGACGGACUGGAGUGCAUUCGGGAGGCGAGCAGAUGACGCUGGACCAUGAGUGAAAGUGGAGCCUUACGCACUGAACCGCAGCGAUAAGACAGCGCGCCGCAAAAUGAAGACACCUAUGCGCCAUGGGGUAGCCGUGCUUCUCGUGCUUCUCCUGUGCGCCAGCUUGUUCCUCGUGUACAACGGCAGCUUCAACGGCGCUUCCAGAGACGCCAACGACACGCGCAUCAGGCAGCAUGAACAGCUGCGGCGGCCCACCGAAGCCUCCGUCGGGGUCGCCAAGCCUCACCCCCCGGUCCUCCAGGGAUACAACAGCAUCAUCGACCAUAAGCCUCUCAGGAUGCACUGCCACACCUGCGCCCUGGUGACUAGCUCAGGUCACCUCAUUGGAGGCGGUCGGGGUGAAGAGAUCGACCGGGCCGAGUGCGUGAUCCGCAUGAACGACGCUCCCACCGCCAGAGGUUACGCCCGUGACGUCGGUCGCCGCACCUCCCUGCGUGUCAUAGCACACUCCAGCAUGCAGCGGGUCUUGCGGAGUCGCAACGAACUGCUCAACGCCAGCCAGGACACAGUUUUUAUCUUCUGGGGCCCCAGCAACUACAUGAGGCAUGAUGGGAAGGGCCUAGUGUACAACAACCUGAGGCUCAUGAAAGAGGUGCUGCCCAAGCUCAAAGUCUACAUGAUCUCCUGGCAGAAGAUGCUCCAGUUUGAUGAACUCUUCAAGAAGGAGACCGGCAAGGACAGGAAAAUAUCGAAGACCUGGCUGAGCACCGGCUGGUUCACUAUGACCAUCGCCCUGGAGCUGUGCGAUAGGAUCAAUGUCUAUGGCAUGGUGGCGCCUGACUUCUGCAGGGAGCCUCAGAACCACUCUGUCCCCUAUCACUACUAUGAGCCACGUGGCCCAGAUGAGUGCGCUAUGUACAUUUCUCACGAGCGUGGGCGACGGGGCAGUCAUCACCGCUUUAUAACAGAGAAGCGCGUCUUCGCCAACUGGGCACGGACAUUUGACAUCCAUUUCUACCAGCCGGACUGGAGCCCCCCGCCUCUCCCAGCCAACCGGACGCUUGAGGGGACAGUCACUGCAGCUCCGCUGAAGACGUGACUUUUGUGGGGUUAAAGAAAAUACUUUAGAAAUUUGUGUAAGGACUGUAAAGAUUUGCAUUCAGGGGUUGCGGCACCCUUGAAACAACGAAUAAAACAUGAAGGAAAAUUAGUCAUUACAGAUGAAAACAGAUGCAGCUCCAGCAGUGUUUUGUUUACUGUGGUGAACCAAUUCAAACUUGAACAACCCUCACUGAAAGCCUUGUAAAGUGAGGUAAUACAAGAAGGCAACAUCAUUACACACUCUGCUCAUGAUGCAUGCAUGCAAUGUCUUACUGUGGACUCUCUAGCUCGUCGUGCAUAUGUGUGUGUGUAUGCAUAUGUUUACUAGAGGGAUCACAGGGGAUAUAAACUUGAGUCUGGUCUAUCGACAAAGUCACUGUUGAAUCAAGGAUCUGUGCAGGAUUCACUGCCGGAUUCGUGGAAAGAAAAAUACCAUUAGAAUGUUUUGAAAUCUUGCUACUGGAGGCAGUGCAAGGUGAAUACAAAUAAUGGUGUAGCUCGAGUUAAAUUUGGCUAUUUGAAAGUGCGAACAAUCACUGUUCAGGUGUGAUAUUCCUCUGCAUUUUUCAAAGAUUGGGGAGGUCAAGUUGAAUGAGAUUUGUUAGACCUCCCAUGUCACACAACAAAGGCUCAGACACCUUCAAAGCAUUUUUAUAAAUCACUUCCCUGACUUUCAUUUAGGCUGCCUUUCAGAUGUGUGCAUUAUGAGCUCACCUUAACUCAAACGUCUCGAUGUCGCACAGUCUGGCUGAAUGACAAGCGUGUACUGGUUUUAUCCUGUGCGUAUGUGUGUGUGUGCACCUCCUCUGGUCCCAGAUGUAUGUAUCAUAAGGCUUUGUUGGCUCCUGUCACCAGUUAAUAAUGAGAUCAUAUAGCUACCAGCUGGGUGUAAAUGCACAACCAUGUCACACAAGACAGGUAGGAGAUUAGGAUCGAGGGCAGGGAUGCAGCAGCAGCUAUCCAUCCGACUGUGUAUCUGCUGCCAGGUCUGAAAGCCCAAAUCAACAAGCAGGAGAAUUACACCGUUUCAAUGAAUGCUGGGUUUUCUUCUUACUUUUUUUUUUUUUUAAAUUAAACUGGUGAGUAUGUAAUAUGUCUCUCUCUUGUUCUCAUUUACAUACAUAUACACUCUACUCUUGUUUAAUACAAUAUAUAGUACGUGUAGACUCCCGCUCGUGAUUUUCUUUCCCUCCUUUCUUGAUCCAUGAAUAAGAAUCUGGAGUCGAUCAGGAUAAAGCGAUGAGAUGUGGGGUUAUCUUAAUGAUACAUCCUGGUGCAAAGUCCCUAUUGAUUUUACUCUCAUCUCUGUAAUGUGAGUAAUGAGAGCAGAGAUGCCGUGGGUCAGAUACAUGGGUGCUUGCACCAUGAGGGCAUGUUUCACAGUACAUUUCCUCGGCGGAGACAAAGACACAACUGCUUCUCAUACAUCAUGAACAGCUGCUGCAGUGUCUGCGGUAUGCUGCCAGGCUGAGAGUGCUUCUAACUUUGUACUGCAGCGAGAAUCUGGAUUUUUUUUUCUUUUCCCGAGAGAUGUGCACUCAUCCAUCAAUGACA